AUGUCUGCUAAGGAAAAUAGUGGUACUACUGUACUGCCGGAAAGUAGUCGAGAAUUGUCGAAAUCAGAAACUGGAGGGGAUGACGCCCUAGCCCUAUCAAUAACUGCACCGAAAAUAGGGGCUGUUUUAAGAGAUUCUUCUGGUACGGUGAUUAUGGCAAUGUCCAAGAUUGAAGAAAGUGUUGAAGAGAGUGAAGCGAUCGAAUUGCUAGCCAUAUUUAGAGGCAUGCAGCUAUGUGUCAAUAUGAGAAUCCAAAAUCUUCUGGUAGAAAGUGAUAGCAAGAUGGUUAUUGAAGCACUUCAAACAGAUAGCAUGCUGAACUCUUUUUUAGGAGUGUUGUACCAGGAAGUGAAAAUUUUUGACACUCACUUCGUAAACUGCAACUAUUCUCAUAUUUACAGGGAAUGUAAUAUGGUGGCUCAUAAGCUAGCUAGGCAUGCUCAAUGGGUAGAUGAUAUUUGUGUUUGGUUGGAUAGUAUUCCAAACUGUAUUUCUCAAGCUAUCUGGCUUGAUAAUUGUCUGUAA